AUGUCAUCUCCAGACGGGCAGCGGUACACCCAGACAGAGGUCCCCAGCCGGUGGUUGCCGAGCAGCAGCAGAGCCGGGGUGAUCAUCCACCCCAGCCCGGACCUGGCCGGAUCCUCACCCAUGAAGCCGGACGACUCCUUCGCCUCAGACUUCGCCCCCCUGGCCGGAUCGGCAGACAGCAGCUGCCUGGGUGUGGAUGGAUUUGCAUCGUCACCCGGAGGAGAAGAGAGGGCUGGGAGUGACAGGCGGGGGAACCGUCUCUCCUCUUCCCCCAGAAGACAUUCAGGGGGACAGGUGGAGAGUCUGGAUGAAUCACAGGAUGUGCCCCUAAUUAUGAGGCUAGAAGAGUUGAGGAAAUGGCAACAACACAUGCAGGAGCAGCUGAAGGCCCAUCAGUUAGAGGAGUUGCUACGUCUCCAGGAAGAGCAGCAGAGGUUGCUGGGAAUGAUGAAUGGAUCUGAGCACUGUGAAGGAGAUUACUUCGAGAGUUCAGAGCUAUCGGGAGCAGAAGAAGAGGAGAACUCACUUCAGGACUCUACAUGUGGCCUUCGAAAGGAGCAACAGCCCUCACCCUCAGGGAGACAGGAUUGCCUAUCAAGAGUUCAAAUUCAUGAGGAGGUGGACAACAAUGAGGACUCAGGGAACUCCACUGAUGACCAGGAACAGAGAAAAUCGACGAGCCAUUUUCAGGAGUAUGAUGACACAUUAAUCCCAAGUAAUGGUGUGGAAUUGACUGACGACCAUGAUAGAAAAGGAGAUCAAAUCUCACAGGACAGACCAAUUAAACCAGGUAUCGGGGUUCACAAGCAGACGUUUGAGGAGUUGUUGGAAGAGCAACUAAGGCUAGAGGAUCAGAAGCUGAAGUCUGCUCAGCAACAGCAGAGUCAAAAUGGAGCUGGAGUUGUACAAGCCAAUCCUAAGAGGUCCUUUCUGAAGCGAGGCGAGGGGCUUUCUAGAUUUACCCACAAUCGCAAAGCCUCAUUUCCAAAAAACGAGGCAAAGAAGGACUCUAAACCACAGCCCCAGGCCAGAGUAAUCUCACGCAGCAACUCUGAGCCUGCAGCUAUCCAGAAGGGUGGCACAAAUUGCAUCCAGCGGCUUCCUGUCCAGCGUAAAACCGCCAUACUAAACAAGGAAAAUCGACUGAGAAGCCUCAGUUUGCUCCCUCAGGAACUCAAAGCUGAAAAUAAGAUUGGACGGACAGUUUUAGGUAGUUAUCUAAGGCAGAAUAUUGAAGGAUCAGAAUCUAUUCAGCCUGGCCCAGACUUGACCCAAACCAAACAGUGUCAACCAGGGCAAGUAAAGGAACAGAAUAACAGGACAGUGGGUCUGUGUGCUCAGACUGGGAGGAAACCCGGGCCCUAUAACACAAAGCCAAACCCUGUUACCAAACAGGUGGGCAUGUUGGCAGGGCCGGAGAGGGCCGAAAGUUACACAGCUAAAGACAAAAGCUGUGGAUCAGAAGUGGAAUCAGCAGAAAGAAGACCGGGGUCAGGAAGAGGAGCAGGAGGAGUUCCAGUGGACUCGUUUGAUGUGUCAUUCCAGGAGAAGCUCCACCACUGGGAGUCUGAUCGGCAGAUGGAAAACAUGGAGCUGGGAGAGUUUGAGCUACUGGAGCAGGCAGCUGACGAGCUGUCCUUCUCGUCCAACUCUUCCUUUGUCAUGAAGGUUCUUCAGAUGGACCAGCAGCACCAGCAGCUGCAGGUCGCUCAGGUGCUCUACCAGCGACGGCUCUCCUCCACUCCCAUCAAGUCUCCUCCUAGAGGUGAACUUCAGAGGUGCAGCGGCGUUGGCGGCGGUGUUAAAAGCAGUUCUGUGACCCCAGAGGCAGUUGUCGAGAAGACGAGAGAUGAUACAAUCAAGAACAAAAUGAGCACAGAGGACCACGAGGAACAGGACAUUGGGAGAAAAGACAAACAGGAGAACUCUAAUGUAGGCUCUGAAUUUGAAGACCAGGAAGUGGUGGUGAAACCACCUUUGUUUCCCAGCACCUGUUGUUUCCCAGCACAGUCCAACCCGCCAUAUGAUAAGUGGUCCUAUCAGGACGAGGACAGUUGUAGAGCUUCAGAUGCGACACAAGGUGGUGAUGAUGGGGAAAGUGACAGUGUCUUUAGCAAUCCUGAUGAGUCCACUCUGAUAGAGGACAAAGAUUGGCAGCAGGAGAGAGUCGUGUUUGAUGAUGACGACACAUGGAACAACACCAUUGAAACCCCCAAUGGGAGUAGAGGAGUCAGUCCAGUUCCUGAGGCAACUGCCACUAGCGGUACCCCACCAGUUCGGACUUUGUUGAGGAAGGUGGCAGUGAGCAAAGUUGUGGAGCUGGAUAAGGGCACAGUCAUCGAUUCUGCCAAUCAGAAGCCAGAUCCUCCGACUCCCCCUGCCUCCCAGCUCAUGACAAGGUUGUUUCCUUCGCUGAAGCCGAAGGUCCAGAAUCUCCCGCCUCUCCCUCCCGCGGCUCCUGAGCUCCAAAGAAACGAGGAGACGGGUCAGCAGGUCCAGUCGAGACAGCUGAGGGAGAGACUGGUGGAGCUGGAGAUGGAGAUCGAGAGAUUUAAAAGGGAGAAUUUUGCUCUCACCAAACUCAGACAGGACAACGAGAAAAAACAGGAAAACCUCAGGAGGGAACGUUUGGAGUUCGAUCAGACCAAAGUGGAGGAAACGGCCAAGUUUGACGAGUUCAAGAAAGAGGAAAGCAAGAAACUUCAGAAAGAGCGCAAACUGUUUGAGCAGCAUGUGUCUGCUGCCAGAGCCAUUCCUGACAAGAAGGAACGAGAGGAAAUCCAGGUGUUGAGGCAGCAGCUGAGCUCUGUUCAGGAGGAGCUGAGGAAGAAGGAGAGUCGCUGGUCCUCCACACACAGCCGGCAGCGGCAGCAGAUCGACUCCCUCAGCCAGGAGAACACUUCUCUCCGGGACGAGAUCCAGAUGUUGGAAAAGCUUCGUAUCAGUGCCUGGAAUAAAACCCCUGUCAGUGCAGAAAAGGACAAAGAAACUAAAGACGGCCCGAGAAUAUCUGCAAACCCUGUUUCAUCGGUUACCAAAGGAGUCAAAUUUGCAAGUCCUCUUGAUUCUCGAGGAAGCAGCAUCAUUCCUCCACAGAGCAGCACGGCUGCAGCAGGUCGAAGGAGCUCCGCAGAGAGUAGCCAGGCACCAACAGUAGGGAUGAAGAGCAGCCUGAGGAGGCCGUCAGGACCAUGUGCCUUCUCCUCCUAUUCCUCCUCACUGCCUGUCAGGAGAACAGAGGAGAAGUCAACAGCUGCCAACAAGAGCCAGGACAAACCGACAAACCCAGAACAACCGAAAAGCUUCUUUCCGGUAAGAGACAUAAGCCACAAAAGUGAUUCUCAGCCAAAAGUACCAGAGUGCACGACUGAAGAGGCAGAACCAGCUCAGGAGGUCAUCACACACCCUGAUGGGAAGACAGAGCAGAUACUGGCUGGUGGUGAUCGCCUCCUUGUUUACCCCAACGGCACCAGGAAGGAGGUUUCAGCCGAUGGACUGGCGGUGAAGGUCACCUUCUUCAACGGAGACACCAAACAGGUCACAGCCGACCAGAGAGUGAUCUACUACUACUCUGACGCACAGACGACUCACAUCACCUACCCAGACGGCCUGGAGGUCCUGCACUUCUCCAACAACCAGACUGAAAAGCUUUUCCCAGAUGGUCGUAAGGAAAUCACCUUCCCAGACCAAACGGUCAAGAACCUGUUCCCAGACGGCAGGGAGGAGAGCGUGUUGACGGACGGGACCAUCAUACAGGUCAACCCAGACGGCACCAAGGAGAUACAUUUCAACACAGGCCAGAAAGAGAUCCACACGGCUGAGUACAAGAGGAGGGAGUAUCCAGACGGUACCGUGAAGACUGUCUAUGCGGACGGCAGACAGGAAACCUGCUACCCCACCGGACGACUCCGGAUCAAAGACAAAGAUGGGAACAUUGUCCUGGACAACGGGGCGUAGAGACGCCGUCAACGCAAAUGGAAAUAUUUUAAAUUAUUUUUAAAUCGUAUGUUUUAUGAGUGAGAAAGUUGAGCCCUCUCACUGUUUUAUGGAAACACACAUAAGGGUUGAUUUGUUUACACCACUGUCCUAUUUCAGCCCUCCAUAGAAGUAGGGUUACUUUUUUAAAAUCUAAAAUCUCAAUUGUCCAACCGCCACUACGCCCAUUUGUAGCAGCCGCAGUUUUUAAAAUAGGACCUCACGAUCUGUCAACAAACUUCACUCCGUCCUAUAAAUGUGAAUAUUUUAACAGAGACAGCGACUUGCAUCAACUCAUUGUUUACAUGGACUGCUUUAGUGAGAACUGUGUGCGAGGGGGAAGUGUUUGUUUGCAUUAAGUUCAAUUUGUAAAAAUGUUAAAUACAUAUUUAUUUUU